AUAAGGCAUUGAAAUGACGUGAAGGUGUGAAGUGUUGUUCUCUUGGGUCACAGAACAUAUUACUUGCCCACCUUCCCUCAAACUAAAGGCUUUCUGGACUUUCAGUUCAUCUACGAUGGCCAAUAAUUUAUCAGACCAAAAUGAAACAUUGUUCCCCUGCAAUUACGAUCCAUCGCUUCUUCUUCAAGUACCACCCUAUCUCUACUACACCUACAUUGUCACAGCAGCUUUCAACGCGGUCUUUUCACUAACAGCUUCCAUAGGAAACGCUCUAGUUUUAACAGCCCUUGUAAAAACCCGAGCUCUCCACUCGCCGUCUAAAGCACUCCUUCGAAGUUUGGCUUUAUCCGAUCUUUUUGUCGGUUUAUUUGUUCAACCCGUAUACAUUGCAUAUUGCCUCUCUGGUGUAGUAGGAAACUCGUGGAUUCGAUGUACUUCCUGGAUUGUCUACCCUCUUCUAAGUGAUUACUUCGUAGCAGUCUCGUUUUUCACGAUGAUUACAAUAAGCAUUGACAGAUUUCUGGCUUUACACCUUCGUGCCCGCUAUCGUUCAGUCGUCACAAUAAAAAAGGCAAACAUCACCGUGUUGUCUCUGUGGAUAACCAGCUUAAUCUUCCCAAUUGCACGCUUACUGGCAGGAAAGAUCACAAUAGUUCUUUCUGUUUCAUCGUUCUCACUUUUUAUAGUGGUACCAACUUUUACGCACUUCAAAAUUCAACGCAUGCUUCGCCGACAAGAAAGGCAGGUUUUCAACCAGUUCAACCAGUUUUAUCUACACAGAGAGGAAAGCUACCUGUCUAUUAAUAAGUACAAGAAGUCCGUUGCUGCAAUGCGCUAUGUUUAUGUCGUUCUUAUGUUGUGUUAUAUACCCAUAACCUGUGUGGCCAUUCUGUAUGUCAAGAAUGACUCAUCCCCACUGAUUCUACUGUCAUUGGGUAAUUUUGCGUUCACAUUACUUUUCGUGAACUCUUCGUUAAACCCGAUUUUGUAUUGUUGGCAAAUCAGGCAGGUUCGUGCAGCGAUGUGGAUGCUUAUUAAUAACUUAAAUCCUUGUUGUUAACCUUUAAGUUACUCCAAAAGACAUUGUGUAAGGAGUGGAGUCAGGAAUGGAUGAAUUUCAUUUAAGAUCAGCAGUGUCGAACUCCUGCACGAAGGCAAAAGUAUAUCCUCGUCAUGCCCUUCUCCCGUAAACCGCCAUGCACUGCUACCGGCCUGUCCUUCAAGUUUUUCCGCAGCCCUCCCAAACCGACUCCACUCCCGGCUUUGUCAACUUACAACUGUUCUUUGGUAAGUACACGACGACUGAAAUGAACUCUUUGUUACCCCGCAAAAAUAUUUCAAAACAGGAAAAACAGGGAAAAAAAAGCUCUACUGGUAAGGGGUUGUACUUUUUGGUGUAUUUGCUUUCUGUUCGAUUUUGCAAAACAUUAGAAACAUUCUUCGUGUUUAGGAGAACACUGCAAAGCGCUACGUGACUAGAAAAACAAUUGUGUUUCUAAUGAAAAUUGAAAGCUUUCAGUUACUCAUUCGGCCUGAAUUCUGAUACGCUGAAAUAUUAAACAACUGUAAUUGUCGAAGCUAUUUUUUCCUGACAAUUAUUGUAAUGCGAAAACUGAUCGGCCGUGUGUACAGGGAAAAAUUAAUUUAAAUGGUAUUUAGGCCAUAAAGGAAUAUUGCCUUGUGAUGCAAGAACAUCUCAUGACAUCUGUCUUUCAGUAAAAUAAACUGUCAUCUGUUUUACUGUU